AUGCUGAAUCUCAACAUCCGCAAGACCUUCCGACGCGUGCCCAGCUUCCAGGAUAUCCUUCAAGGCAGGAUGACCCACCCCGACAUUUCUGUUGACGUUCUCGUCAUUGGCGCCGGCCCGACGGGUUUGGGUGCGGCCAAGCGCUUGAAUCAGAUUAACGGCCCCUCAUGGUUGAUUGUCGACUCGAACGAAAUCCCCGGUGGUCUCGCCUCGACCGAUGUCACCCCGGAAGGCUUCCUCUACGACGUCGGUGGCCACGUUAUCUUCUCCCACUACAAGUACUUUGACGACUGCAUCAACGAGGCCCUCCCCAAGGAUGAGGACUGGUACGAGCACCAGCGCAUCUCCUACGUGCGCUGCCAGGAGAAAUGGGUCCCCUACCCCUUCCAGAACAACAUCUCCAUGCUGCCCAAGGAGGAGCAGGUCCGCUGCAUUGACGGCAUGAUUGACGCCGCCCUCGAGGCUCGUGUCUCCAACGUCAAGCCCAAGACCUUUGACGAGUGGAUCGUCCGCAUGAUGGGUACUGGUAUUGCCGACCUCUUCAUGCGCCCCUACAACUUCAAGGUCUGGGCUGUGCCGACCACCAAGAUGCAAUGCGCCUGGCUCGGUGAGCGUGUCGCCGCCCCCAAUGUCAAGGCUGUGACCACCAACGUCAUCCUCAACAAGACCGCCGGUAACUGGGGGCCGAACGCGACCUUCCGCUUCCCCGCCCGUGACGGUACGGGUGGUAUCUGGAUCGCCGUGGCCAACACCCUCCCCAAGGAGAAGACCCGCUUCGGCGACAAGGGCAAGGUGGCCAAGGUCAACGCCAACAACAAGACCGUCACCAUGGCCGACGGCACCACCAUCGGCUACAACAAGCUGGUGUCGACCAUGGCGGUCGACUUCCUGGUCGAGUCCAUGAACGACACCGAGCUGAUGCCCCUCACCAAGCAGCUCUACUUCUCCUCGACCCACGUCGUCGGUGUCGGCAUCCGUGGCUCGCGCCCCGAGCGCAUCGGCGACAAGUGCUGGCUCUACUUCCCCGAGGACAACUGCCCCUUCUACCGCGCCACCAUCUUCUCCAACUACUCCCCCCACAACCAGCCCGAGAAGUCCAAGAAGCUGCCCACAAUCCAGCUCGCCGACGGCUCCAAGCCCAAGAGCACCGAGGCCCAGGAGGGCCCGUACUGGUCCAUCAUGCUGGAGGUGUCGGAGUCGUCGAUGAAGCCCGUCAACAACGCCACCCUCCUGGCCGAGUCGAUCCAGGGUCUCGUCAACACCGAGAUGCUGCAGCCCGGCGACGAGAUCGUCUCCACCUACCACCGCCGCUUCGACCACGGCUACCCGACCCCGAGCCUGGAGCGCGAGGGCGCCCUCACCCAGAUCCUGCCCAAGCUGCAGGAGAAGGGCAUCUGGUCGCGUGGUCGCUUCGGCAGCUGGCGCUACGAGGUCGGCAACCAGGACCACUCGUUCAUGCUCGGUGUCGAGGCCGUCGACAACAUCGUCAACGGCGCCGUCGAGCUCACGCUCAACUACCCGGACUUUGUCAACGGUCGCCAGAACACCGAGCGCCGCCUGGUCGAUGGUGCGCAGAUCUUCGCCCAGAACAAGUAA